AAGUCACUCCUUAUAAACCCGUAUCCUCACACAAUGAAGUUCACAUCUGCUGCCGUAUUGCUUAUCGCCUUUAGCAUGGUUGACGCCACCCCGGUGAAGGCCAACUUGGAUCUUGCUAGAUCAUCUGCCGCCGCCGCCGUCGUCGCUGCUCCAACUACCCCCAGUCGAUUCCCAGUCAUUGUCCCCUCCUAUACUCCAGGCAAGCCAAAGAUCAACGUUGCCACGGCUGCGAAUACGAUCAAUUUCUCCCAUGCCACCGCCGAGACCAAGGAGAAAACCCGCUACCACAAAUAAGUGGUACCUGUACAAUAACAUAGACCCUCCACAUCCCAUUUUAUUCACUUCUGCUCUUUUUAUUCUUAAAUGGCCUAGGUUUGGCCCUUCAUACCCCUUUUAACUGGCUUGGUUUCUUUCAGUUCUUCGUCCUCACUUAUAUACAUCAUUUUUCAUACUGGUCACGUCUUGCGCUUGUUUACGCCUCCGGAUUUUUUUAGCUACUUUUUAGGAUAUACGUAAUGGAUUUAAAAUACCCUCCA